AUGGACCACGUCGAACCUAUCGAGAAGCCGAAUUCGCGAGCACGCAAGCGUUCUGAGGAUAUAUGGGAGAGUUUGAAGGUAGUGAUCUGUACGGAGUACCGUAACAGGACCUUGGAAGAAUUGAUCCAAUUUCUCAAGGUUGAACACGAUUUUGUCCCAACCAAGAGACAGCUGGUUUACAGACUUGGCAUUUGGAAAUGCUCCAAAUACGGCGGGUAUGACCUCGACGAGAACGAAGAGAAAGAGAACUACUCCGAAGAAUUACGCGAGAUCGAGUCUAACAAAUUGAACAACACAAUCCAAGGUGGAUUUGAGCAAAAAAAUGACCACCACACUGAUCAUCUAGACUUCGAGACGCCUCAGUCUGCCAGUGGUUGGUUGGCACCAAUGACGGAUAGCUCAAGGGACGCAUCUUAUUACCGCGACUUCACCCAACUUCUUGUUCAACACAUCUAUGAGUCGGUGGUCUCAGGAUCCGUUUUUGUAGAUCUUGCAGACCAUAUCAACCGAGGACACCGUCUGUUCGAGUGGGCCACUGAGACCGAUAAAGCCAUCUGUGCCAUUCGGAUCAAUCACAGCUAUGGCAGUCUGAUGCCCUUACCAUUUAGGAAACAGCUGGAAGCUCUUGACGAACUCAUUAUGGACGAGCAUCCCCAUUUGUUGGGCACACUCUUUGUCAUCUGGAAAAACACUUCGCUGAUAGACGACGAUAACACUUCUGGGAGAUACUUCAUCAACAUAGUCAACAAGCUAUGCCAAAGGCUUCUCGGAAGCCAGCACCUAAUUGGGAAGAUUUUUGCCUGUCUGAGCACUGGGUAUUUUGAUCCAGCUGCUUGCCUCGAACGGCUUGAAGUGCUUCCAUCGGAACUUUUUGCCCCAAAAGAUCAAGCUCUUGAACCAAGUUUCGAUAAAUACGGGACAAGCGACUAUCAGACCAUGUCCUCUCUGUACGCGGCCUCAGAAGGGAGUUUAGCCGGCGCCCAAGGUCUGGAGUUGAUGAGCAGCGAAGCAAGCAAAAAGCCCCCAAAGCGACAAAAGACUUCUGGGAAGGGGAAAGAUGGCGGUAGAUGGAACAGAAAAUAUCCUGCUGGCGACAAACAUGAAGGCAACGAAAGCGACGAAGGCGAGGGCGGCGAUGAGAGGCCCCGCAAAGUGCCAGACAGGCACGGCGGUCCCACGAACAUGCAAUUCGCAUGCCCCUUUUACAAGUGGAACCCUCUUGAAUACCAGAGGAAGAAGGACUGUGCAGGUCCAGGGUGGCCUACAAUGCAUCGUCUAAAAGAACAUCUCUACCGCCGACAUAGACGAUUGCCAUUCCAAUGCAGCAGAUGUCAAAAAGAUCUUGUGUCGGGAACUGGGUUGGACUCGCACCUCAGAGUAGCCCAGCUUUGCGAGAUUAAGGACCUAAUCGGAGAGUUCAAAUUUGGGCCUGAUAUCGAACGUCGCCUUAGGGUUAGGUCCUCACCAAAUCGAACCGAAGCAGAGAGGUGGAAGCAAGCGUACAUAAUUCUCUUCGACGCCAGAGAAGAUGGAGUGCCGACACCUUACUACGAUUAUGAUACCUCGGUGCUUGAUCGAGAAGAGACUUGGAUGGAAUAUCAGCGCCGCGAAAUCGCGAUUCGCUUUCGACAGCGUGUCGAAGCUGAGGUAGAGCGAAGAUUCGCGAACGUAGAGCCGGAGCUUAUGGCAGGGCUGCGAGAUAUUAUCCAAGAUGUGGGCCUCACAAUGAGGCAAGCCUUUGGAAGGAGACAAGAGGAAGCUCGAAACCUAGAUCGAGAAGAGAGCCCAGCAAUGCCGCCACCGCCACCGCCGCCGCCGCCAGCAGACCUCGACGAAUCUUCGACGAAUACAGCUCAGACACCUGGUAACGACGAGGAACAGAUAGCCGUGGUCCUAAGAAGCCCCGUCAAUAGGGAUACGGGUAACUUUCUUCUCGACGAUCCGCAGCAGGAAAUACUCUUUGCCUGGCCGGAAGCAAGUGGCACGGUCACACAGAACCAGGAAAUAGAGGAGGGAGAUUGGGCAUGGGACCUUUCACUGGAUGCUAACUUUGACACUGACUUUCUCGAUGAUGUCGGAGGCAAUGUCACACUCUGA